UUAUCAUCUCUCUUCAUUAAUAUAGCGCCACAUCAGCACAUUUAAUGUGUAUGAAACUCUACUGAAACCCUAUUGAGACUGGCCUAAACACGACCUAAGAUAGAGAAGAGGUACCACAAUCUGCAAGUCAAACAAGCCUUAAAUGAGCUACGGUAGAGAUACACACGCAGAAGCAAACCUUCUCUCAUCAGGGGAAAAAAAACCAUCGCGACUUCGCGACCCAGCAGUGACAUCCUCAAGCAGUGAAGCACCCUCCUUCGGUCCAUCCCACCCUCCAUCUCGAUCUCUUUCGCCCCGUCGGGCUUUGCCGCUUUGGCCUAGUCAUAGUCAGCCUCCCGCGCUAGAGCUAGCGCCGCUCCUCCACCGCCAUCUCCACGCCCGUGGCCAAGCAAGCGGAACCCUAGCAUGGCGAAGCUGGCGCGAUCGCCAACGGCCUCCCCGCCGGCGGCGGCCGCGGAUAGGCACCGCUCCGCGGCCGGGUCGGGGCUCCGGUCCCUCGCCAGCGCCGCCUCCGGGUGGUUUGACCGGUGGGCGGUCAUGGGUUCCGGACUCUCCAAGCUCGAAAGGGCCUUCGGCGACCAGUUCCCCGAGGGCGAGCGCUACUUCGGGCUCGAGAACUUCGGCAACACCUGCUACUGCAACAGCGUCCUCCAGGCACUGUAUUAUUGUGCUCCAUUCCGGGAGCAGUUGCUGGAAUACUAUAGCAAAAACAGAAAUCUCGAAGAUGCUGAAGAAAAUUUGUUGACCUGCCUAGCAGAUCUUUUUUCACAGAUAAGUGCAUCAAAGAAAAAGACUGGUGUUAUUGCUCCAAAACGUUUCAUUCAAAUGGUUAGGAAACUAAAUGAAUAUUUUCGUGGCUACAUGCAUCAGGAUGCCCAUGAGUUUUUGAAUUUCUUACUGAAUGAAAUUGUUGAUAUUCUGGAAAAAGAGUCUAGUUCUGCAAAGGAUUCUCCUGGGACCACGUCUCCUGAAAAGGUCUCAAAUGGGGCAACUGUUGAUGAAGUUAGAAAAGAACCACUGGUUACAUGGGUACAUAAGAGUUUUCAGGGUACUUUGACCAAUGAAACCAGAUGCUUAAUGUGUGAGACAAUCACCGCAAAGGAUGAGACAUUUUUUGACUUGAGCGUUGACAUUGAACAGAAUAGUUCACUCACAAGCUGCCUGAAGAAUUUCUUUUCUACUGAGACUUUAAAUGCGGAUGACAAGUUCUUCUGUGACAAGUGCUGCAGUUUGCAAGAAGCAGAGAAGAGAAUGAAGAUAAAAAAGGUGCCACAAACAUUGGUGAUCCACCUAAAGCGCUUCAAGUUCAUCGAGCAGCUUAACCGGAACAAGAAGCUGUCGUACCGAGUAGUGUACCCCUUGGAGCUUAAGCUCAGCAGCAGCUCCAGUGAUGCCGUUGCUGACUGUGAGUACUCCCUCUUUGCCGUGGUGGUCCACCUGGGUAGCGGCCCCAACCAGGGGCACUACGUAGCCAAGAUCAAGAGCCAUGACCAUUGGCUGUCGUUCGAUGAUGACAAUGUCGAGAUGAUCCCGGAGUCCACCCUACAGACGUUCUAUGGCUCUUCUCGUGAAUAUUCGGGCAACACGGAUCAUGGCUACAUCUUGUUCUACGAGCGCAUUGGUGGGAAUGGAGAUGAGAAGACCGACUCUUCCGAUGGAGUGUGACCAUGGCGUGGACAUGAGAUCCUGGGUGGUUUGAUGUCCAUGCGAUUUGCUUUCCGUACUGAUAAGGUAGAUUUACAUUUUCAACAUGAAAGUUUCUUUUUUCGGAAGAAAGUGGGAAAGAAACAUAUAAAAAUUUAGUUUGUUGUUAGAUGCAGUUACUUGUAAAGGAUUAGUCGGCAGGUCAAUAUAUCAUUUUAUUUUGUUUUCAUGAUUCUAACUUGACAAUAGGACCGCAUUUCCUCAUAUUGUGCCUUAGUUUUAUGUGAAAAAGUUA